UGGCGCGAGGCCGGGACACGCGGCGCGGCCCCGCGUGCGGCAGGUGCGUGAGGGGAACCGCCGCCAUCCCGCCGGCAUUCCCCCGCCUCCGGCUCCUUUUCCCUCGGGACAGCGGGGAUACUGCCCCACCGCGCUCCGUGCCACACGGUGGGGUGGAUUGUCGGGCCCGGUCCUUGCCGCGCUCCAAUUCCCGAGGCUGUUGGCGUCUCCUUGCCCUUCACCACUAUGUUUGUGCUAGUGGAGAUGACUGACACUGUAAGAAUUCCUCCCUGGCAAUUUGCAAGGAAACUGAACGAAUCCAUUGCUGAAGAGCUAAACAAGAAAUUGGCCAAUAAGGUCGUAUACAAUGUCGGGCUCUGCAUCUGUUUAUAUGAUAUCACAAAGCUGGAAGAUUCAUAUAUAUUUCCUGGGGAUGGUGCAUCACACACCAAAGUGCAUUUCCGCUAUGUGGUCUUCCAUCCCUUCCUGGAUGAGAUUCUGAUUGGACAGAUUAAAAGCUGCAGUCAGGAUGGCGUCCAUGUUUCUAUUGGAUUCUUUGAUGAUAUUGUCAUCCCACCAGAAUCCCUGCAGCAGCCAGCUAAGUUUGAUGAAGCAGAGCAGGUAUGGGUGUGGGAAUAUGAGACAGAAGAAGGGGCCCAUGACCUUUACAUGGACAUUGGGGARGAGAUACGCUUCCGAGUGGUGGAUGAAACGUUUGUCGAUACGUCACCAACAGGUCCAAGCUCUGCAGAGGCUUCCACUUCAAAUGCUGCAGAAGAAGUCCAGAAGAAAGAAGCACCCUACACUCUUGUGGGGUCUAUCAGUGAGCCAGGACUGGGCCUCCUGUCGUGGUGGACAAACAGUUAGCUGCCAUCAGAGCCUGCUCCACAGAAAGUCUUUCCAGUGGAUGUUUGGGGGAUAAUGGAACCCUGCUGGUGCUCAUUGCUCCUCCGAAGCUGAAUGAGAAAUUAGACUUGCCAUUCUCUGUUUUCCCUUCAGCUUUCAAGCUGCCAGAGAGACAGUUGCUCUCAAGAAAUGUCUUUACUGAUGUGCAGAAGUGAACUUACAGGCACAAAAAGCCUUGAGCACAGCAACUACAAACUCAGCUGGAGUUUAGGUCUCCUGUCCCGAAGGGAAAAUUGKGGAGGUCUUUACUUGCCUGAAUUAAGGAAAGAAUUUACUUCAGUGAGUAAAAGCRGAAGAGAAUUCGUGUUGAGCAGUACCACUUCUUAGGUUGGGAUUUUAGAGGGGUGGAAACCUGCCCUUCUUUUGACCAAAAAUGAAGAAGACAGCAAAAGACAGCAGAAUGAAAUGAAAUGAAAUGAAAUAAUGAAAUGAAAUGAAAAGACAGCAAAAAGUUGGUAGCGAUGCAGUACUCUGGAGACCUGGAAAAUGCUGCUGCUGGGAGAGCAGGGGAGGUGUUGGUCAUGUUCUGCUAAGAUGGGAACUUCACCCAUGGAUGAAGUCAGCCAGAAGAAACAGGAAUGACAGUUUACUGAAAAGUAAUUCAGGCUUAUUGAAGAUGACCACUGUGGAAAACUACAGGCUGUUUAUUUGUGCUGAAUGGAAUGACUGUAUUGGGUGGGCUGUAUUUAUGCAGAAUCAGCUGAACUUUGCAGGAGUUUGACUGAAAAUAGGUAAUUCUGAACUGAAAUGGACCAAGGCUGCUUUGAGCAAAGCUAAUUCCUUGUUUUUGGGGGUUGUUAAUACCGUAAGUGGAAUAAAUAGUAAAAAACACACAGCCUUGCCUUCCUGU